UGCAGAGCAGUGCAGGGAGCUGUCCGCGGCAGUCGGUGCUGAAGCGUUUCAGCCGCAGCAGCUUCGCCGGACAGAGACGCAGGAGACAUGGAGGAAGAACUGAAAUGCCCCGUUUGUGGCUCCUUCUUCAAGGACCCGAUCCUGCUGCCCUGCUCCCACAACGUCUGCCUGCUCUGCGCCCGGAACAUCACCGUCCAGACGCCGGACGGAGAGACCCCGGUGCAGAGCCGUGCCUCCGGCAGCUCUGACUACGACUACCUGGACAUGGACAAGAUGAGUCUGUACAGCGAGACGGACAGCGGCUACGGCUCCUACACCCCCUGCCAGCUCAAGUCUCCGAACGGGGUUCGGGUUUUUCCGCCGAGCGCCGCGCAUCGGAACUGCUCCCUCACCUGUCCGCUGUGCCACCGGAGCGUGUCGCUGGACGAGCGGGGGCUCCGGGGGUUUCCGCGGAACCGGCUUCUGGAGGCCAUAGUGGCGCGGUACCAGCAGACGCGCGGCAUCCCGUGCCCCUCGUCCUCCUCCGCGGUGAAGUGUCAGCUGUGCGACCGCAACCCGGUGCCCGCCACGGUGAUGUGCGAGCAGUGCGACGUCUACUACUGUAACGCCUGUCAGCAGCGGUGCCACCCGUCCCGCGGCCCGCUGGCCAAGCACCGCCUGGUGCCGCCGCCGAGUCAAGCGGCAGGGGGGGCGGCGAGCGGCGGCGGCGGCAGCGGCGGCGGCGGCGGGGCUGGCCAGCAGCAGCCGCCCCUCGCCGCGCGGAAAUCGGGGACCUGUGUGGAUCACGAGUCGGAAAACUUCAGCAUGUACUGCUGCAGCUGCAAGGCUCCGGUGUGUGUGAAGUGCCUGGAGGAGGGGAAGCACGCCAAGCACGACGUCAAACCGCUGGCGGUGAUGUGGAAGCAGCACAAGUGCCAGCUCUCCCAAGCGCUAAACGGCGUCUCUGAUAAAGCUAAGGAAGCAAAGGAGUUCCUGGUUCAGCUCAAGAACAUGCUCCAGCAAAUACAGGAGAACGGUGUGGAGUUUGAAGCUUGCCUCGUGGCUCAGUGCGACUCUCUGAUCGAGGCGCUGACGAGACAGAAGGCCAAGCUGCUCACCAAAGUCACCAAGGAGAAGGAGUACAAACUGAAGGUGGUGCGCGACCAGAUCACCCACUGCACCAUGAAGCUGCGGCAGACCACCGGCAUGAUGGAGUACUGCCUGGAGGUCCUGAAGGAGAACGACCCCAGCGGAUUCUUGCAGAUCUCCGACGCCCUGAUCAAGCGGGUGACGUCGUCUCAGGACCAGUGGGUGAAGGGGGCCCUGGAGCCGAAGGUCGGUCCUGACUUUGACCUCACCCUGACUACGGACUCCUUGAUGCAGACCAUCCUGCAGCUGGACUUCUGCCAGGGAAAAGAUGUGCAGGAGAAACCGGUAUUGAAACUAAUGCAGGCAGCAGACAGUGGUGAGGCUGAGAUGGAGGCAGAGAGCCCAGGAGCGGAGUCCGGGCCCGCGGUGCCAGCGGCUCCCCUACUGCAGCUGGAGAAGUGCUGCACCAGAAACAACAGCGCUACCCUGGCCUGGAGAGUGACUGCGCCUGCUGCCAGCCCCAUCGAGGGCUACAUCCUGGAGCUGGAUGAUGGGAAUGGAGGACAAUACAGGGAGGUGUAUGUGGGGAAGGAGACGGUCUGUACGGUGGACGGGCUGCAUUUUAACAGCUCCUACAACGCCAGAGUGAAAGCCUACAACGCCAUCGGAGUGGGACCGUACAGCAAGACGGUUGUGCUGAAAACUUCUGAUGUGGCUUGGUUUACCUUUGACCCUACCUCGGCUCACCGGGACAUCGCUCUGUCUAAUGAGAACCAGACGGCCACGUGUAGCAGCUACGAUGACCGCGUAGUUCUGGGGACGGCUGCCUUCUCUAAGGGAACUCACUAUUGGGAAGUCAGCAUCGACCGCUAUGAUAACCACCCGGACCCCGCGUUCGGCGUGGCGAGGAUCAACACCAUGAAGGAAAUGAUGCUGGGGAAAGACGACAAGGCCUGGGCCAUGUAUGUGGACAACAACCGCUCCUGGUUCAUGCACAACAACUCCCACACCAACAGAGCCGAGGGGGGCAUCACUAAGGGCUCCACUGUGGGCAUCCUGCUGGAUCUGACCAAACGCACUCUAACCUUCUUCAUAAACAAGGAGCAGCAUGGACCAACAGCCUUCGAGAACCUGGACGGGGUUUUCGUUCCUGCUGUCAGUCUCAACAGAAACGUCCAGGUGACCUUACUGACCGGCUUGGAGGUGCCAAAGAAUAUCAAACAGUAGGAGCUCGUUCCUCCCCUCCGAGCGUGCCCUGGAUACAAACCUCUGAUGUCACAUGCAGCCUCCAUUCUCUCCUGUGUGAAAAUAUUCCCGACAUGCCAAUCAGAUUUGUUUCAGUCCAUCCACCUCGAGGAGCUGUUUUGUCUCAGACACGACAGAACGUGUUAUAAUGAAGGAACAGAUCUGAUUGGUUGUGAGUUCUUGUGGACAUUAUUACACGAUUAUUGGAGUUAUUGAUCAUUUUUCUAGCAACCACUCCGGAGUGCAAACAACGUUCAUGUUUUAAUUUUUGUUCCAAUCAUUCCAAUGAUAUUAUAAGAUGAGAAUCUGUCCUUAAAUAGUGACGCCAAACAGCUAGAAGACGUUCUCACUGUGCAGAAAAUACCUUGGAGAAUAGCAUCACAGUUUACACUAACCAGGUGUUUUUAAGUAAUCAUAAAAUGGGUAAAGAACAAUUCUUCCUUCAAACCUUUCCAAGACAUGUAGUUUCAGCAGCCCUGUUUGUGUAUUUAUAACUGAUUUAGUAGGCUGGAAAUUCAAAUUCAUCCAAAUUUGACAAAAAAAAAAA